AUGACUACCACAAAGAAAAAAGUUAUUGGUGUACUUGCACUUCAAGGUGCAUUCAUUGAACAUAUAGAGUACUUCAACAAGGCAAUCCAGUUAAACUCAGAUAAUUACCUCAGCUACACAUUCACCAUCAUCCCCAUAAAGACAAAGGAAGAGCUACAACAAUGUGACGCACUCGUUAUCCCCGGAGGAGAAAGCAGUUCCAUGUCAUACAUUGCCGAAAGAACAAAUUUACUUCCACAUCUCUACGCCUUUGUCGCUGAUGAAAACAAAACCGUUUGGGGAACAUGCGCCGGACUCAUAUUUUUGUCCAAACAAAUACAAAAUGGCUUGGAAAACCAGAAAUGUUUAGGUGGCUUGAGUAUAGAAACAAACAGAAACGCAUUUGGUCGCCAGUUGGACUCCUUUGUGACGAAUUUGGACUUUAGUAAAUUUAUCCCCAACUGCAAUAACUUUCCUGCAGUGUUUAUUAGAGCACCAGUGGUUACCAAAAUAUUUGCAGAAAACGAUUCCUCAGUGCUUACAAAAAUACCAAAAUCUGGAAACAACACAUCUACUAAUACCGAGAAAGUGCAAGUAUUAUACCAAUUAGAACUGGACAAAAACGAUUUGAUUGUUGCCGUACGACAAGGACGCAUACUUGGUACAUCGUUCCACCCCGAGUUGGCGGAUGACUACCGAUUCCAUCAAUGGUUUAUAGACGAAUUUGUAAUUUAA